AUGUCGACCUCCGCGAACCCUAGCUCUUCAACUGUUUCAGGCGGCAGGAAUGGUGGUAGUCGUCGACGGGAGAAGCAGAGGGGCCUACCGAAAUUCUGCCGUUGCGGUGAAGAAGCAACUAUCAAGACUUCCGGGACAGCAAAGAACCCCGGGAGGCUCUUCUACUGUUGUCCCAAUGGAUCUGAAGGCGACAAAUACCAUUUGUUCACCUGGACUGACGAACGGGUUGUGGAAGAGGUGGAGGAUUUAAAGUGCUUGGUUUCCGAUCUAGAAGCGGAGGUGUCGGAGGUCAAAGCUGAUGUCGCUGGUCUGGAGAAACAGGUUGAACAUAGCAUGGCUAUGAUUGGGUUAGCGAGGAAUCGUUGCUGUACUAUUUUGUGA